AUGUUUCAUCAACUAUUAAUUCUGUUUGUAAGUUCAACAUUGGUAUCUUCAAAUUCUGUUCAAACAAGGGUUAUGCCAGACAUGGCAACAAUGAAUUUCCAAUUUAUAACACCUUGUGCAAAAUACAGCAUUCCGAUUUUAAGUUCUAAGGAUCUGUAUAAAAUUAAAGCCUUUGAUGAAAAUAAGCAGACUGUGAUUUUAGUUACGGGAUGGAGGACAACAGUUGAUUCAUCCCAAACAAUAGACGAAUUAUCCAAGGCAUACAAUUGUCGAGGCGAUGUUAACUUUAUUGCAAUUGAUGUUGCAUCUUGUGUGGAUACUCUAUUCACAUGGUCAGCUUUGAAUACCGAAAAACUCGGAGAAUAUUUGGGAAAAGGUAUUGCUGACUUAGCACAAGUUGUACCUCUGGAAAGCAUUCAUCUGAUUGGUCAUAGUUUGGGAGCUCAUAUUUGUGGUUCAGCAGGACGUUCAUUUACCACACUUACCGACGAAAAAUUACCUCGUAUCACAGGUUUGGAUCCAGCAAAACCUUGUUUCAAUGAAGGCGAAGAUCUGACUGGCUUAAUGCGUGGUGAUGCCGAUUUUGUAGAUAUCAUUCACACUAAUCCGGGUGUCUUGGGCAGACGGGACCCAACAGGAGAUGUGGAUUUCUAUCCCGAUGGAAUAAUUCCUUUGCCAACAGGAUGUUAUACUAUUCUUUGUGCUCACGAACGAGCUUGGCGUUACUAUGUUGAAAGUGUUUAUCCGGGAAAUGAGAAUAAUUUUAUGGCAAAACGGUGUAAUUCGAUGACGAAACUAAAGCAAAAUAGAUGUGGAAAGACUCCAGCUGCACCAAUGGGUUAUGCCACAUCAAGUAAUUUAAGGGGUAAUUAUUUCCUUGAAGUUCGCGGUUCAUCACCAUUUGGUAUGGAUGGUAAUAAAACACGAGAGGAACAAUAUGUUUGGUGUGGUACGGAUUUGGCUAAUAAAUGUUAA